AUGCCUUCCGCCGCCGUCGCCGCCGCCACCGCACUCACCCCCGGCGGUGCCGUUGGGCCCACCGCGCCAGUGCCGCCAGCAGCCGUCACUGCGUUUUCUGCCGGCGCGGCGGCGGCGGCGGCGGAGCAGCUGCUGCCUCCGCACCCUGACUUGCAGCGUGUGGAGCCGCAUCGGAUCCUCACGGCACCUGACCGUUUCCUGAGCAGCUCGUUUGGUUCCGCCCUGGACGUGGGCCGGGAUUUAGUACGGCAAGCCGGCUCUGAAGCCCUACAUCCCUGCGGCCCUCACGGAGCCCCGGCGGCCCCCGAGGCGGCCGGCGGCGCCUAUCCUCUCUAUGCUACACCCCCGCUGUACACAGCGCGGUACCCGCACCCACAUCCGUACGGCCAAACGUACUACCAUCCUCGCCAUCACCACCACCAUCAGGUACAGCUUCGCGAGCCUUGUAUAGGCAACGCGUCUGGAUGGGACUGCUACAGCCAUAGCUUAAGUUUCGCCAUUCGUGAUCCCUGCCAGGCCGCGACUGGACGCGGUGGCAGCGGUGGCGGCGGCAGCGGCAGUAGCAGCUGGGUGAAAACUUUGUGGGCCACGGGCCGCCAGCAUACCCAAGCUGGCGGCUGGCCGGUAGAGCCAGAACCCGCCCCUGAUGGCGCUACUGCCGCCGCUGCCGCUGCUGAUGACCCUGGUAAUAGCCCGAACGCGAAACCUGACGGCGGCGACGACAGAGACCCGUUUGGGGCUCCGUACUUGCAGCAACUCCCGUCGGCGGCGGCGGCAGCAGUAGCUUUACCUGCCGGAGCCGCCGCCAGUUUUCCCAGCGCAGGCUGUAGCGCCUCUUCCGCUGUUGCCACUGGCUACUGCCCGCAGUACUGCAGCUGGUGCUGCGACUUCAGCCACGCGCCGCAUCCCCACCUCUGCCCUAUGCGGCCGUCGCCGUCCAGGCGUAUAGCCGAGGGCGGUGGCGUCACUGGUGGCGAGGGUCAUUUGCUGCGAACCGGGAGCACCGGGAGCAGCAGCCUGCAGGGGUUGCAGACCGUCCCACGUGUCGCGUGGGCAUCGUACCCCUUUCCGUACCGGUACCCAUGUCCGUACCCGAUAGCGGGCCCACCGUACCCGCCGUACCGCUAUCACCAUCUGUACGCAUACAAUGGGCCGUACGGAUGCAAGUACGACGGCAAUUAUGGCUACGAUGGUCAAGGGUAUGGACAUGAGUACCCGUACGGGACGCGGCAGCACCCGUACAUGUACGGCGGCGGAGAGGGGUGCAACCAACCCACUUCCAAGUGUACCAGCACUUCCAGCAGCGGCAAGGCGGUGACGUCGUCCACUGCGCACAGGAGGCGACGGCGAGCACCGGGGGCCGCCGCCUGGGGCCCCGGGAACCGCAUCAUCCUGGCCUACUCGCCAUCCCCCUGGCCCCGCGCCGUACCACCCUUUGUCCUACCGUCACGGGGAAACGUCGCCGCCGCCGCUGGUGUCCCAAUCAGGACUCAUGCUCGAUGGCGGCAGUGCUUCGCGACCAUUUGCCCGUACGACUGUGGACGUACGUGA